AAGCACAGCGUGGGGACGCAUGUUGAAGAUACUUCCUGCGCUCUGUAUCAACACUAACGUUAUUUAUAUUUCUGCAUGUUUUACCUUUAAACCGCAGCGUUAGCAAUGGAGGUGCUGGGAGGAGAGUUUGGAGACUUGUCGGCUCAGGAGCUCGCGGCUCCUGUCAACACGGUGGCGGAAAAAUGGAAGUUGUUACCAGCAUUCCUGAAGAUUAAAGGUUUGGUGAAGCAGCACAUUGACUCAUUUAACUAUUUCAUCAACGUUGAGAUAAAGAAGAUCAUGAAAGCCAAUGAGAAAAUCACAAGUGAUGCUGAUCCAAUGUGGUACCUGAAAUACCUCAAUAUCUACGUUGGGAUGCCUGACGUUGAGGAAAGCUUUAACGUAACCAGACCAGUUUCUCCUCAUGAGUGUCGACUCAGAGACAUGACCUACUCGGCACCCAUCACAGUGGACAUCGAGUACACCCGCGGCAGUCAGAGGAUCAUUCGAAACGCCCUGCCUAUUGGAAGAAUGCCAAUCAUGCUGCGCAGCUCGAACUGUGUCCUCACAGGAAAGACGCCCAUGGAGUUUUCCAAACUAAACGAGUGUCCCCUGGACCCAGGGGGUUAUUUUAUUGUGAAAGGUCAGGAGAAAGUCAUCCUGAUCCAGGAACAGCUGUCCAAGAAUCGGAUCAUCGUGGACCAGGACAGGAAGGGUGCUGUCGGAGCCUCCGUUACCAGCUCCACUCACGAGAAGAAAAGCAGAACCAACCUUAUCGUGAAGCAAGGCCGCUUCUACCUGAGACACAACACGCUGUCAGAAGACGCUCCCAUCGCCAUCAUUUUCAAGGGCAUGGGUGUGGAGAGUGACCAGGAGAUCGUGCAGAUGAUCGGUACGGAGGAAAACGUCAUGGCCAGCUUCGCCUCGAGCCUGGAGGAGUGUCAGAAAGCCCAGAUCUUCACACAGACUCAGGCUCUGAGGUUUCUGGGGAACAAAGUCCGGCGGCAGCGGAUGUGGGGGGGACCAAAGAAGACCAAGAUGGAGGAAGCCAGAGAGCUGUUGGCUUCUCUCAUCCUCAGCCACGUGCCUGUGAAAGAGUUCAACUUUCGGGCCAAAUGUAUUUACCUGGCCGUGAUGGUUCGGAGGGUGAUCCUGGCUCAGGGAGACAACAAGGUUGAUGACAGGGAUUACUAUGGCAACAAACGUCUUGAGCUGGCUGGGCAGCUCUUGUCUCUGCUGUUUGAAGAUCUCUUUAAGAAGUUUAACUCUGAACUGAAGAAGAUCGCUGACCAGAUCAUCCCCAAGCAGCGAGCGGCUCAGUUCGACGUGGUCAAACACAUGCGGCAGGAUCAGAUCACCAACGGCAUGGUCAACGCCAUAUCCACUGGCAACUGGUCUCUGAAGAGGUUCAAGAUGGACCGUCAGGGCGUCACCCAGGUUCUGUCUCGUCUCUCCUACAUCUCUGCUCUCGGCAUGAUGACGAGGAUCUCCUCCCAGUUCGAGAAGACCAGGAAGGUCAGCGGGCCGCGGUCCCUGCAGCCUUCGCAGUGGGGGAUGUUGUGUCCGUCUGACACUCCUGAAGGAGAGGCCUGUGGUCUGGUGAAGAACCUGGCUCUGAUGACCCACAUCACCACAGACAUGGAGGACGGGCCCAUCAUCAAACUGGCCUUCAACCUCGGCGUCGAGGACGUCAACCUGCUGAGUGGGGAGGAGCUCUCCUACCCGAGCGUCUUCCUGGUUUUCCUCAAUGGUAACAUCCUGGGUGUGAUCAGAGACCAUCACAGGCUGGUCAACACUUUCAGACUCAUGCGCAGAGCUGGUUUCAUCAACGAGUUCGUGUCCAUCUCCACCAACCUGACCGACCGCUGCGUCUACAUUUCGUCUGACGGAGGACGACUUUGCAGGCCGUACAUCAUCGUGAAGAGGGGCCAUCCGAUGGUGAAUAACAAACAUAUCGAGGAUCUGUCGCAGGGCUACAGAACGUUUGAGGACUUUCUGCACGAAAGUCUGGUGGAGUACCUGGACGUGAACGAGGAGAACGACUGUCAGAUUGCUCUUUAUGAACACAUGAUCAGCAAAGACACGACCCACUUGGAGAUCGAGCCCUUCACUCUGCUCGGAGUGUGUGCAGGCCUCAUUCCCUACCCCCACCACAACCAGUCGCCCAGGAACACAUACCAGUGCGCUAUGGGCAAGCAGGCCAUGGGAACCAUCGGCUACAACCAGAGGAACCGCAUCGACACGCUCAUGUACCUGCUGGUGUAUCCUCAGAGGCCCAUGGUCAAAACAAAAACCAUCGAGCUGAUUGAUUUUGAGAAGCUGCCGGCGGGUCAGAACGCCACGGUGGCUGUGAUGAGCUACAGCGGCUACGACAUCGAGGACGCCCUGGUCCUCAACAAGGCCUCGCUGGACAGAGGAUUUGGUCGGUGCCUCGUCUAUAAAAAUGCCAAGUGCACCCUGCGCCGUUACACCAACCAGACCUUCGAUAAAGUGAUGGGGCCGAUGCUGGACGCCACCACACGUAAACCCAUAUGGAAACACAACAUCCUGGAUGCUGACGGCAUCUGCUCCCCUGGUGAAAGAGUGGAGAACAAGCAGGUGUUGGUGAACAAAUCCAUGCCAACUGUCACCCAGACGCCACUGGAGGGCAGUGCCCAGCCAGGCCAGCCUCAGUACAGAGACGUGCCCAUCAGCUAUAAGGGCUCCACAGACUCGUACAUCGAGAAGGUCAUGAUCUCGUCCAACGCAGAAGAGGCCUUCCUCAUCAAGAUCCUCCUGAGGCAAACCAGGAGACCAGAGAUCGGAGAUAAAUUCAGCAGUCGACACGGACAGAAAGGUGUUUGCGGCCUCAUCGUCCCACAGGAGGACAUGCCGUUCUGCGACACAGGAAUCUGUCCAGAUAUCAUCAUGAAUCCUCACGGAUAUCCCUCCAGAAUGACGGUGGGAAAGUUGAUAGAACUGUUAGCCGGGAAGGCGGGGGUCCUGGACGGACGGUUUCACUACGGGACAGCUUUCGGAGGCAGCAAAGUGAAGGAUGUGUGUGAGGAUCUGAUCCGUUAUGGAUACAACUACCAGGGCAAGGACUACGUCACCUCAGGGAUCACUGGAGAACCUCUGGAGGCCUACAUCUACUUUGGACCGGUCUAUUACCAGAAACUGAAGCACAUGGUUCUUGACAAGAUGCACGCCAGAGCCCGAGGCCCCAGAGCCGUUCUCACCAGGCAGCCCACCGAGGGUCGCUCAAGAGACGGAGGUCUACGUCUGGGGGAGAUGGAGCGCGACUGCCUGAUUGGUUACGGAGCGAGCAUGUUGCUGCUGGAACGCCUCAUGAUCUCCAGCGACGCCUUCGAGGUGGACGUGUGUGGAGAGUGUGGCCUGUUGGGAUACUCUGGGUGGUGUCACUACUGUAAGUCUUCCUGCCACGUUUCCUCCCUGAGGAUCCCGUACGCCUGCAAGCUGCUGUUCCAGGAGCUGCAGUCCAUGAACAUCAUCCCGCGGCUCAAACUGUCGCGCUACAACGAGUGAGAGGGCUCGGCCUGCGCGAGCGCAGAGUCAGAAACUGUAAUAAGUCUGGAGCUGCUUCAUCUGUUCACAA